UCAACACACACACACACACACACACACACACACACACACACACACACACACACACACACACACACACACACACACACACACACACACACACACACACACACACACACACACACCUCUGUAGCUCCAUGCGCUAAGAGUCUGGGUCCACUUGAGCCGAACCUCCAGCUGUACUGGAACCACCUGAUCCGGGUCUCACACUCCGGCUUUAGUUUUCUCUCCGACCGGAACCGAGACUUUCUGUCCCGUCCGAGCAGCAGCGUGCGGGACAUGCGGGGGUUCGUGGCUCUGUUGGCGGGGUUCUCGGUGCUCUCGGGCGGACUGAGGAGCUCCGAGGCUUCGGGGGAGACGCAGGCGGGUCGGACCACCUGCCCGGACCGCUGCCGGUGUGAGGAGGACGGGCUGCUGCACCGGGUGGACUGUUCGGAUCUGGGACUCAGAACGGUACCGGGCAACCUGAGCGUGUUCACAUCCUACCUCGAUCUCAGUAUGAAUAAUCUGACCCAGAUGUCCAGCGGAGUUUUGUUCAACCUGCACUUCCUGGAGGAGCUGCGAUUGGCUGGAAAUGAUCUGUCCUUCAUCCCCAGAGGAGCCUUCGCUGGUCUCCACAGCCUGAAAGUCCUGAUGCUGCAGAAUAACCAGCUGGAGUCGGUUCCUGCUGAAGCCUUCAACAACCUCCACAACCUGCAGUCACUGCGUCUGGAUGCUAAUCGCAUCUCUGGAGUUCCACCUGGAUGUUUCUCCGGUCUACGCUCACUUCGUCACCUCUGGUUGGACGACAACUCUCUGAAGGAGGUUCCGGUGGAGGCUCUGAGAGAUCUGCCAACCCUGCAAGCCAUGACGCUCGCCCUGAACCACAUCAGCCAUGUUCCAGACCAUGCGUUCAGCAAGCUGGGCCGCCUGGUGGUUCUGCAUUUGAACAUCAAUAGGAUCGUUACCAUGGGAACCAGCUGCUUCCACGGACUCCGGAGUCUGGAGACGCUAGAUUUGAACCACAACAACCUGGUGGAGUUUCCCACGGCCAUCCGCUCCCUCAGCCACCUCAAGGAGCUUGGUUUCCAUAGCAACAACAUCCAGUCUAUUCCAGAGCACGCCUUCACUGGGAACCCGUCACUGAUCUCCAUAUUCUUUUACAAUAAUCCGAUUGAGUCUGUUGGACGCUCUGCUUUUCAGAACCUGCCAGAGCUCCGGACGCUAUCUCUGAACGGGGCAGCAAACCUCACAGAGUUUCCAGAUCUGACAGGAACCAAAAGUCUGGAGAGCUUAACCAUCACUGACGCCAGAAUCACGUCUCUGCCUUCUUCUAUGUGUGAUCAGCUUCCAAACCUGCAGCUGUUGGACCUCUCCCAUAAUCUGAUCCAGUCGCUCCCCAGCUUCUCCGGCUGCGAGAACAUCCAGAAGAUUGAUCUAAACCAUAACAAGAUAGAGGAACUGGAGGAGAACACCUUCACUGGUCUGAUGUCGCUUCACUCGCUAGAUUUAUCCUGGAACCGGUUGUUCUCUGUGAAGCAGAAGUCCUUCUCUGCUCUGCCCUCUCUCUCCAAACUUGACCUGUCGUCCAAUCAGCUGUCCUCUCUGCCUCUAACUGGUCUGGAGAGUUUAACUCACCUCCGAUUGGCCGGAAACGAUCAGCUGAUGGAGUCGUUACCCCGAGAAGACCUGCCGCGAGUCAGGCUGAUGGAGCUUCCUUACUACUUCCAGUGCUGCGCCUUCAUCUCAUGUGAGAGGAGAGGAGAAGGAGGAGGUCUGUGGUGGGAGCGGGAGGAGGCCUCACACCCAACUGGGAGAGAUUCCUCCAGUCCAGCGGACCAGGACUGGGAGGACUUCCUGCUGGAGUUUGAAGAUGAACCCAAACCUCAACGCUCGGUCCACUGCAGCCCAACUCCAGGACCGUUCCGUCCCUGCCUCCAUCUCCUCGGAAGCUGGAUGAUCAGAGGCGGAGUCUGGCUCAUCGCCGCCAUCUCGUUGGUCAGCAACAGCCUUGUGGUCCUGUCCGUCUUCCUUUCCCCACUCAGCUCAGUCACGCCCCCAAAGCUCCUGAUUGGUCUGCUGGCUCUCGUGAAUGGCCUGAUGGGAGUGUGGAGUGGCUGGUUGGCGGCGGUGGACGCCUGGACCUUCGGGAGCUUCUGGAGGUUCGGGGUGAAGUGGGACAGCAGCUUCCCGUGUCGACUCAGCGGCUUCCUGUGUCUGUUUGCGUCUCAGACUGGACUCUUCCUGCUGACGGCUGCAGCUCUGGAGCGGUGCCUUUGGUCCGGCGCCGCCGUGUGCAGCGACAGGCCUGAUGGGCGUUCCGGUUGCCUGUUAACGCCGCCGGCCGUCCGUCUCUCCAUCUGUAUCUGUUUCCUGCUCGGCGUUACCGUCUCACUGCCGCCGGUGAUUACCGGGAACACCAGCACCUCCUUCUGUCUGCCGCUGCCUUCCUCCGCCUCCUCCUCCCUGGCCUUCGCUGUCUCCCUGGUACUCAUUGACUCCCUGUGUUUCCUCAUCAUGACGCUCGCCUACAUUCGCCUGUACUGCCGCUCCAACAAAGCUCCGCCCACCUCAGACGAGGAAGUGGCGUUGACUCGGCACGUCGCCUGGCUGCUCUUCUCCGACUGCCUCCUCUACCUCCCCGUGGCCUCCCUCUCAUUCUCCUCCCUGCUGCGGCUCCCCGUGGCUGGGCCGGAGGUGGCGAAGGGAAUCCUGCUGCUGGUGGCGCCGCUUCCCGCCUGCAUCAACCCGCUGCUCUACCUGCUCUUCAACCCGCUGGCCAGGGAGGAGCUGGCAGCGCUGACCGCACACACCUGCACGGGCGUGGCCACAAAGAGACAAGGAGCAGCUGGAGGAGAGCAGCUGGAUCUGACAUGUGAUGAUGAUGAUGCAGAAAAGCAGUCAUGUGACUCCACUCAGGCGCUGGUGGUGUUCGGGGGAGGGCGAGAGGAAGAGGAGGGGGGAGGAAGAGGCAGCAGGAAGAUGAAAACAUCAGAGGCGUUUGAUGCUCUUCAGCACUGACACACCUGUCGGGUUUGGUGUUCUCACCUGGCAGGAACUUGGAUGUUGUCCUCCAUCAUCAUAAAACUGGAACCUGAUUGGCUGCCGUGAUGCUCCUGUUAGAAUCCAUUCAGACGGGUUCUGUGGGUCCGCCUGAGACCUGCUGUUCAUUAUUAGUAAAACUCAGACAGAACCUGGACUCGUGUCCAGCGUCCCACUGACUCUGCGAUGGACACCAUCCAGUCAGAAUCAGAGACUCGCUGUUUCCAUCCACCUGGCUCUGGAUUGUUAUUGGCUGUCUGAACCAUGGCUACACCUGAUUGGCUAUUCUUCAUUACAGGUGGAAACAAAGACCAGGUGAGUUUAUAAGACUGAUCCCAGGUCCGGUUAAACGACCACUAAACACUUUAGCUGGUCUAGAAUCGGAUCCUGAGGCGGUUCUGGGAUCUCUUAGGAGUCUCUGCAGAACUGAAGGAUGAGCGGAACCCUCGGCGCUGGGUGGGACCGGUUCCCUUUUUGACCCAGGUCAUGGGAACCAGACUGAUUAGGUGCUGCUGAUAUCCUGAAUCUGUGACAUUCAGCACUGAGGAGGUUCCGGAUCACAUCGAGAGUCUGUGGGGUUAGGGUGAGACCUCACGGCCCGCCCUGGCUCAGGUGCUGGAUAGCAUCAUGUAGAAGCACUGGUCGGGUCCAGCAGAUCGUCCAACAGAACCUCCUUCAGCAGCAGGACUUCAGCGGUCUCACGUGGUUCCGGACGACGUCUGGUCCACUCUUCGUGGCUUCCGAUCAAAGAGGUUUCUAGGAACUUGGUUUCACUCAGGUUCUGGUCUGGACUCUGACGGGACUAUUCCAGAACCAGGGUUCUGUUGUAGGUCUGGUGCUGUGUUUGACAGCAGCAGCUCAGGAGGUAGAGCGGGGUGUCCAGUUAUCAGAAGGUUGCAGGUUCCAUCCCAGCUCUGACCAGAGAGUGCUGCUGUUGUGUCCUUGGGCAAGACAGUCAGCUAGCCAGCUGGUGGUGGUCGGAGGGACGGGUGGCGCCGGCGCCCGGCAGCCUCGUCUCUGUCGGCGCGCCCCAGGGCAGCUGUAGCUACAUCGUAGCUCAUCACCACCAGCGUGUGAAUGACUGAUUGUGUUGCGAAGCGCCUUGGGGGGUCGUGAACUCUAAAAAGGGGCCGUAUAAAUACAGGAAGUAUCGUGGUUCUGGUUCAUGUCCCGAUUUGGACCAAGCUUGGUGGUCUCACAUUAGUCUUUGGCGUCCAGAGGAGGUUCUGGUGGACUGGAUGAGUCCUGCUGGGUCAGAACAAACAUCAGCCCUCCCCCUGCUGUGCAUCAUGGGUAAUGUAGUCAUUUUGCUCCUGAUCGUAGCAGCCGGGUCAGGGUGUAAACCCACAGAACCGAGGUUAGCAGCUGCAGAUGUGGUGACCCCGUCUGAAUGGAGCUAAAGUCGCCCCUAAAGUUAAAUCUGGUUUCAGGUCAAGUUAUGUAGAAAAAUCUGAAUGGAUUUUACGUUAGUUCACCUCUAGGGGGCGGUGGAGCCACUGUCAGGUGAGACACACCUGCAGGCCGACGGCAGCAGAUGUAGCAGCGGUUGGUGAAAGACAAGUUCACCACCAACUCGCCGCUUCAUCUGCUGUCUGUCGCAGCUUCAGCGCCGCUCUCCCGGUCUGCCCGGCGAUGUCGCUUUUAGAUCCCAACAGGAAGUGUGGACGAAAUGAGUCCCGCCCACGCCUUGACUCCCACUUUAAACGUAACGUUGUGGUCAUUUGCAGCGUGAACAUCGCCAGCUCUUUGUGCAAAGACCGAGUCCAACAGGAAGUUCUGUCGUCCUGAAGAGCACGGAGCAGUUUCCUGUGAACAGAAAGAGUCUUCACGAUGUCUCGGAUAAUCAGACCCUUUAAACAGUACUCAGGUUAGCAUUCGAACAGUGAACGGAUGAGGAAUCCUUCAAACAUCAAAUGAAGUAACUUUAAGAGACAGAGAUGAACCGAGGAGAAGCGAAGAUGGACCUGAUUCUGAUAAAUCACGUGCUGUUUCAUGUAAACUUUAGUCUAAGAGCGUCUUUUAGUCUUUUUCUGUAAAUCCUGGACUCCUCUCACCUGCAACACGCUCGUUGCUGCACCUUUUUGGAGGAAGACAAGCCGGUUGAGCAGCUACAAGGUGGCAUCAGAAUACAAAUAGGACAAAACGUUUGGUUUAUUAUGCUUUCUGCAUCAAAUCUCAGGAAACACUGAUACUCUAAAGCACAGGUGUCAGACUCCAGUCCUCGAAGGCCGCCGUCCCACACGUUUUAGUGUUUUCCCACUUUCAAUACACCUGAUUUCAAUCAGCAGGUGAUUAACAGGCGUCUGGAGAGCCUGAUGAGCUGCUGCACAGGUGAAUUCAAUUCAGUUCAAUUAAAUUUUAUUUAUAAAGCGCCAAAUCACGACAAGAGUCGUCUCAAGGCACUUCACAUAAUAAACAUUCCAGUUCAGGUCAGUUCAUUAAGCCAAUCAGAAAUAAUGUUUCCUAUAUAAGGAACCCAGCAAACUGCAUCAAGUCACUGACUAGUGUCUUGACUAGUGUCUAGUGUCAGUGACUAUACAGCAAUCCUCAUACUAAGCAAGCAUGCAGCGACAGUGGAGAGGAAAACUCCCUUUUAACAGGAAGAAACCUCCAGAGAAUCCUGGCUCAGUAUAAGCAGCCAUCCUCCACGACUCACUGAAUGAACUGUGUUGGAACAGGGAAACAACAAAAAGAUGCAGUAUAGCGGCCCUCGAGGACGACGCUGACGCCGCUGCUCUAAAGUUAAAAGAUGGCGGGGUGUGGUACGUGUAGGUAGUACUGGUACUUAUGUACAAUCACUAAAGUAAUAAGAGUAAUAAGUACCAGAUGAUGAUAAGUUAAACUAUAAGGGAAAACUAACUGAAGCCAUGAUGGCUGAUUCACGGACGUGCUUAGAGAAGCCCCGCCUACUCACCGGGUUAGUCGUUGGGUUUUUUAGGCUUCAAAUAACUGAUCACAAUAAAAUGUGUUAGAAUCAAAGAGCCAGUCUGAUCCCCAAGCAGAAACAUGACAGCUACACGAGUCAACACCUACAAAUAUUACACACAGUUUGAUUUUAUUUAAAAAAGCAUCUCAUUCAUUUCAGUGAGGGAGGCGGGGCUUAGAACAUGCACUGAAUCCAGCCACUAGGGGGCGUUUGGUCCUUCUUGUCUCAUCAGAUUCGUAGAUUCUUACCUGUUGGCAAAUAAAACGAGGUUUUGUUUAAAGAACAAACUGAAAUGAAAGAUAAAUGUCGACACGAAUGUCAUCUUUCAGACGUUGUUCGUGUAAAAAUCAGGAGUUUGUCUGUAAAUCUCUAAGUUCAGGUUAAGUUCAUUUGAACUCAAAAUUCAAUAUUUUCAUUAACACAAAACUUCUUAACCACUUAAAGGUGUAAGAUUAACAUUUAGAAAACAACCUAAAUUAAUAAGUUAUAACCUUUUAAUUACAUUUAAUAUUUUACCUGAUUGUUAUCAGGCUCUCAUUCAUCUCGUACAUCUGUGACCACGAAGGAACGUUUAAACGGUUCUCAACCACAAAACUAAAGCAUAGCCUAAUGAGCUUUCAUCGUUCGGACCUCCUAACCUCAACGAAACAGCGGAUUCACAACCAGAGUUUACAUGUAGGUGGAGCCUUAUCUGCUGCCCCUCCCCUACAUGAUAAACCCCGCCUCCUACUGUAAGCCCCACCCUUGUGUCUUCUGCUACAAAACAAACAUAAGAAAGCUACUAGGCGUGACUCUGGAUGUUCGUGUUCUACGCUGAUCGUUCUGGUUGUCUGUCCUUCCUGCUUUUUACUUGUAAGCUUUUGCAAAUUCUGACUGUUUGAUGUUGUUUCUGUGUAAAAUUAGAGUUUGUGACAUAAAUAAAUCGGUGUUGUGAAUUACAGCA